AUGACCUCCGCCACGACCCCGAGAGAAAAGAACGACCUCCGCCACGACCCCGAGAGAAGUACGACCUCCGCCACGACCCCAAGAGAAGAACGACCUCCCCCACGACCUCAAGAGAAGGACGACCUCCGCCACGACCCCAAGAGAAGAACGACCUCCGCCACGACCCCAAGAGAAGAAAGACCUCCGCCACGACCUCAAGAGAAGAACGACCUCCGCCACGACCCCAAGAGAAGAAAGACCUCCGCCACGACCUCAACAGAAGAACGACCUCCGCCACGACCCCAAGAGAAGAACGACCUCCGCCACGACCUCAAGAGAAGAACGUCCUCCGCCACGACCUCAAGAGAAGGACGACCUCCGCGACGACCGCAAGAGAAGAACGACCUCCUCGAUGACCCCAAGAGAAGAACGACCUCCGCCACGACCCCAAGAGAAGAACGACCUCCGCCACGACCCCAAGAGAAGAACGACCUCCGCCACGACCCCAAGAGAAGAACGACCUCCGCCACGACCCCAAGAGAAGGACGACCUCCGCCACGACCCCAAGAGAAGAACGACCUCCGCCACGACCCCAAGAGAAGAACGACCUCCGCCACGACCUCAAGAGAAGGACGACCUCCGCCACGACCCCAAGAGAAGAACGACCACCGCCACAACCCCGAGAGAAGACCGACCUCCGCCACGGUCCCGAGAGAAGAAACACCGCCACGACCACGAGAGAAGGACGACCUCCGCCACGACCCCGAGAGAAGGACGACCUCCGCCACGACCUCAAGAGAAGGACGACCUCAAGAGAAGAACGACCUCCGCCACGACCCCAAGGGAAGGACGACCUCCGCCACGACCCCAAGAGAAGUACGACCUCCGCCACGACCUCAAGAGAAGGACGACCCUAAGAGAAGAACGACCUCCUCCACGACCUCAAGAGAAGGACGACCUCCGCCACGACCCCAAGAGAAGAACGACCUCCGCCACGACCCCAAGAGAAGGACGACCCUAAGAGAAGAACGACCUCCGCCACGACCUCAAGAGAAGAGCGACCUCCGCCACGACCCCGAGAGAAGUACGACCUCCGCCACGACACCAAGAGAAGGACGACCUCCACCACGACACCAAGAGAAGAACGACCUCCGCCACGACCUCAAGAGAAGAACGACCUCCGCCACGACCCCAAGAGAAGAACGACCUCUGCCACGACCUCCGCCACGACCCCAAGAAAAGAACGACCACCGCCACAACCCCGAGAGAAGACCGACCUCGCUGCAGGAGGAGUCGAAGAGGUCGUUGCCAGAGGGCUGA